AUGGACGUCAACGGGGAUGGAAAGAUGGAAAAAGCCGAAUAUGUGAAUAAGACGGCAGAGAGAAUAGGGAUGGUAACAAAUUCCGACGAGAAAAAGGACAAGUUAAAUCUUUAUUUGCUCCAAAUCUGGGACACGUGGUGGCAAACCAUCAUGAAUGAGAAUAACUUGGAAAGCGUUUCAGUAGACGACUUUCUUUCAAAAAAAGCCGAAACCAAAACAAAAGUACUCGACAAGUUUCACCUGGAAAUAGAGAACGGAUGGCACCUAACGUUCUUCGAAGUUGUGGAUGCGAAUGAAGAUAACUCUCUGGACAAAGAUGAGUUUGACAAUUUUCUGAAGAUAUUCCGCGCUCAAUCUUUCCCGGAGAUUUUCUAUGAAAUAGAUACCAACAACAAUGGCGCCAUAAGCAAAGGUGAAAUGCUCAUUAACGGUUUGUUAUGGGUUGUGAGCAACAGUUUAAAAGGUGGGCACCUUUACGGGAAAAUAACGGAUUCCUCUCCCUAA